AUGGGAUAUUUGUCGAAAUAUCGAUAUGAAAUAAAUGCGAAAAAUCUACAGCGUCUUUUAUUUUUUUCCUUUUUAUGUUUAUCGUCUACUGGUGUCUUUCGCUGGCGUAAUUUUUCUGGUCGAAUUAACGUUCUCCUUUUAAAUCUAUCAAUAUAUCUCAUUCUCUUUAAUAUCUAUCUAUCUAUCUAUCUAUCUAUCUAUCUAUCUAUCUAUCUAUGUCAUUUUCCUAUCAUAUCUAACAAAUAUAUUCUGAUCUAUCUAUCUAUCUAUCUAUCUAUCUAUCUAUCUAUCUAUCUAUCUAUCUAUCACAUUCUAUCUCCGUGUUCUUACAUCUAUCUAUCUAUCUAUCUAUCUAUCUAUCUAUCUAUCUAUCUAUCUAUCUCAUUGUCUUCAGUAUCUAUCUAUCUAUCUAUCUAUCUAUCUAUCUAUCUAUCUAUCUAUCUAUCUAUCUCAUUGUCUUCAAUAUCUAUCUAUCUAUCUAUCUAUCUAUCUAUGUCAGUUAUCUAUCGAUCACUAUCUCCGUAUUCUUACAUCUAUCUAUCUAUCUAUCUAUCUAUCUAUCUAUCUAUCUAA